AUGACGCGAGACGAAAGAAAGAUUUUUAGCAGUGAAGAAGCGAGAGAGAGGUGUGUGCGAAUACUGACGUACUUACAUACGACUGACGUACUUACGGACGGUGUCGCAGGAGCGCUGACCGCGGUUGAGCCUCCCCCCCCCCCCGCCUGGCGAGCCUGGCGUCCCGAGCCCGCUCCAUGCGCCCCUCGACCUAGACCUCGACUCGCCGCGGUUCGCUGGGCGCGCUGGACUCGCUGCCUAGCUCGCUCGGCUGGCUAGCGUCUAUGCUGGAGUCGCUCGGGGGAAGAACGGAGGCGGAGCCGAGUGGCGCGGUGAGCCCAGCGGUGGCUAGCGACCUGCUCCGCGCGUUGCGUCGUCUGUAGCGCACGAGGCCGAGUCCACAGGCGAGGGACAGCAAGAGCACCGCGAUGAUCACGGAGAUGAGGCCCACGCCUCGGAGGGUUCCUGUCGCGCUACUCGGUUCGCUGAUCGUGGACGUGGAGGCUUGCGGCGGCAGCGGCGGGAGCGGCGGCGGAGGGCUCUGCAUGGACGACGGUGGGGGCCGCUCCACCGCGGGGUCGCACGCUGCCAUGGCUCGCUGGAUGGUUGGAUAGGCGCCCUCGCUGCUCGAGCCACGUCCAAUGCACACAGGUGGGAUCGACGAGAAGGAGCGCAUCGACCCGUCGAGCUCCGUCAGAGGCACCCAGAGG